UCACACGAGGGGGCAGCGCGGCCGCUCGCUCUGCCCCGGCGCCCGCCUGCCUUCCCUCCUCUCGCCGCCUCGCCGCAGCCCGGGCUCCGCCGAGUCAAAGCGCGGAUCAGGUUCCCUGCCUCCAGUAUAAAAAUCGCGGCGAGAAACCUCCGGCGGGAGAGAGAGCCGCGGCGCGGGCGGAGCGUGAGGCGGCGGCCGGCGAGCCCGUCCGUGGGGAAGCGCGGGGACGCGCGGCGGCAGAACCAGCCGCUGCUCACCGGGGACGGUCGCGGCUCGCCCCUUUCAGCUGCGGGAGAAGAGCUUUUUGCCGCCCGAAAAUGCAACAGCAACAACAGCAACGUCGAAUGUUCACAGCUGCCCUCCUGGCACUUAUUUUCAUUCUGGCCACCGUGGGUACCACUGAGGCUGGCAAGAAAGAGAAACCAGAGAAAAAGGCGAAGAAGUCUGACUGUGGGGAAUGGCAGUGGAGCGUCUGUGUGCCUACCAGUGGUGACUGUGGCCUGGGGACGCGUGAGGGCACUCGCACUGGCGCCGAGUGCAAACAAACCACCAAGACUCAGAAGUGUAAGAUUCCCUGCAACUGGAAGAAGCAAUUUGGAGCGGAGUGCAAAUACCAGUUCCAGGCCUGGGGAGAAUGUGACUUGAACACGGCCUUGAAGACUCGAACUGGGAACCUAAAGAGAGCCCUGCAUAACGCUGACUGCCAGAAGACUGUCACAAUCUCAAAGCCCUGUGGGAAGCUUACCAAACCCAAACCUCAAGAAUCCAAGAAGAAGAAAAAGGAAGGCAAGAAACAAGAAAAGAUGCUGGAUUAAUGGAGUCAACUUGGGCAAUGUGAGAAAGGGACAUCAGCAAACAUGAUCAGUUAACAGUUUCAUUUAUACUUAGGCAUUUUAUCCUAAAAUUAUUUAUAGCUUAAUGGUACCAUAGAAGAAAAAAAGCAAACACAGAAAAAAAAAAUCCUUUUUUUUUUAUUACUUUAGUAUUUUUAAUGUAUAACCCUAACAACAAUUUUUAGAGGCCUGUAAUAAAGGACUCCAAACUCAUUUAGAAAAUUAUGUCUAUUGUAUAUUGAACAAUAUAGGGGUUUUUAAAAUUUUUUUUUUGUCAAGUCUUGCCAUAGGUCUCAAUCUGGUAAUUAGUCCAUGCAAGCAGAACCUGAGCCUGUGUGGAGCUCUGCUGAAGCCAGUGGUACCCUGUGUGAACAUAGCACUCUGGCUGGAUGCAUUUAUAUUUAAGAUUGGGACCUUAUAUCUGAAAAAUUGAGGCCUGCUUCUUAAUUUCUGAUCACAUCUGCAUAACUGUAUGAAAUCGAAUGUUUAAGGAAAGGAUGGGGGCAUUUUGUGUGGGUAUUUACAAGUAUGGAUUUUUCUUGGAUGUGUGCUUAAUGUUCAUUUCAAAAUGUCACCAUCUACAGGUAAAAACCAGUAACACUCCUUUCCUUAACCAUAUUUUGAACAUUGGCAGUAAAUCUAAAAUCUUUCCACAAUUGGACAUAAAAGAGUCCUAAUUUUUCAUGGUCGUCUAGCAAUGAUUUUUCAAAGUGGAAUGAUGACAAAACUUUCCACUUUUCAGCAUAUCAGUGUUGGUGGAUGGUAGUGUCCUCCAUUUUACCUAUAAAAGCUGAAAAAUGCUGUAUUUUAUUUGUUCAUUUUGAUAGAAGGGAGAAAAUCCUUUUUAUAAAAGAUCUAGUUGAAAUUGUUGUGAUUCUGCCUGACCCAGCUCCCUUUUGUAUCAGUGGCAAUAUUCCUGUUGAUUUUAAUUAUAGCUGGUUAAAAAAUAGUAUGUCUGGUGGGAAAUAAAAGGAGAAAUGUUUGGAAACCACCAGACGUAGUUCAUAUUUUUGACCAAAAAAGGGACAAUUUGUGGGACCUGAAACCAAUAGGAAUGAAAUUAUUUUUGGUUUAUCUUUUAGUAAAACAGAAGGGAAAUAUAAAACCAGUACCUUUUGCUUUCUUCCAUUUUUAUAUAAGCAAAAAGACCUUGGAAAAAGCUCAGUCAACAUAAAAAUAGUUGUGAUUUUUUUUUUAAUAUAGUCUGCAGGGGGGAAAAAAAAGAAAAGUUAUAACCAGCUGCUUUUUAGUUUGCUCAUUUUUAAUGUAAUUUAAAUGAUUCUGAGUCCUGAGAGAAGUCACAAGGUAUAAAAAAGAUCUGACAAAUGGCUGGUCUGUCUCAAGGCAGAGGGUUGUUUAACAACCUGAAAACAAGCAGACCAAAAUUUUUAGAGGAAACAUAAGGGAUUUCAGUGCCCAAAUUAAGUUCAAAAUCAUUGCUUCUGAAUUCUAAAUCUUAAAGUUCAACAGCAAGAAAUAAGCUUUGCCACUUGUGCAGGCUGGAGGCUUGCCUGCUGGUCAAGAGGAAUAGCCUCCUUUGUACUCUCCUGCAUGGUACCCACUGACUUCAGUGAAGCUGCAGCAGGUUGUGUUCAUCUGAGUAAAUCACAUUUCUCUCUUGGGAUUAGCUUGCAGACAAGCAGAGUCUCUUUUUUUUCAUACUAACAUCACUCUCUUUUCUAUGCAAAAAGAAAUUGUAACAGUUGCAGAGCUUGCCCUCUAUUUUCUCACCUGGAGGGUAUGGCUGAUCUGGACUCACGGUGAGGCAAGUCCUUCUGUUCCCAAACACUCCUGAAGCCAGCUAGCCAAGCCUGCACAUAGCUUAAGGUAGACUAGCCUCACAAUUAUUUCCCAGACUCCUUGGGUGUGUUUUGCAGUCUGUGUUGAUGUUGUUGUUAUUUUGACUAUGCUGUUAGACAUACCUGAGUCCGUGGUAGAGUUAAAAAUGUCCCCCACGUACGGUGGAUGUGCAAUGACCAAAUCUAAAAUCAUAAAUGCUCAUAUUUAGGUGGUUCUGGGUGCUAUUUGGUUUGUUCAUGGUCUAAUCAGGUCUACCUGUGCUUGUGCCUCAGACUUAAACUAAUGGUUUGGUAGGUCUGAUUGAAAGCAAAGGGGGAAAGGAACUUUUUCACUCACCAAAGGUUUGUCUGUCUAAAUGCUGCAUCAGUUCACUUAAAGUGGUUUAGCUUUGAGUGCAAACACUGUUGCACCACUGUCUCACACUGGUUAAUCUAGUCCAUGUUUCAUAGGGAGCUGGCAGGAAAUGGGAAUGAUGCUGAGACCAACACUUUGACUAUCCUUUAGCAAACCUUAGAUGUGACUUCUUAUUUCCAUCUCCGUGAGUAUAAAAAAAAUGAAUUCCCCUGUGUUUCCUCUGGUACCUUAUGGUCCUUUCAUUUAACUGCCCAUCUGGCUUGUUAAAGGAACAUUCCUAAUAGAUUUUGAAGGAAGCCAGUCGAGUUCCUGUGGUGGCAUAGGGCCCUCAGGGAGAGAGUUUACAGAAAACAAGGAAACAAAAUAUAUCAUGUUAGGACCAGAGGAAAAUGCAGCAAAGGGUGUGAAAUAGGAGAACAUUUCUUAUGUACUACUCAGCCACAUACGUUCGGAUCUGUAUUGGCAUUGUAUCGUUGACGGCAAUUGGAGUAAUGGUUACUACAAAAACUUAACUUAAAAUAGACUUAAAAUGAAGAAAAUUUCCAAUAAGCCAGAAGAAAACAUUCAGUGGAAGCUCUAGCUAUUCAGGAGAUGAUAAAGUAAUUCAUGGCGGAACACAGAGGAAGAUUAAGUCAGUCAGGUCAGCUCUAAAAGGAAGUACCCAGUACCUAACAGGAGCCCUUGUUUCACUGGUGACAUUAUCAAGAAAGCAAAAGGCACGAUUCUGAACAAAACCUCUUCCCACCCAUCUUGAGCAGUUUCUACUUCAGUCAUUUUGAAACUUCUCCUUACUUGUUUUCUAAUCUUCUACCCUUCCUGCUUUGGGAGGGCGAACUUGUCUGACAGUGCUGUGGGAGCGGCUACUUCAGAUGAAAAACGUGUUUACCCUCUUGGUGCUAUCCUAUUGCAAUGAAAAAUGACUUAGCAUAGAUGUGCUACUUACCUAGUUUAACUGACAGAAAUAUGUUUCAUGAAUGUCCCUCUCGAGGAGUGGUUUACAUCUUCAUUUGCUACAGCUGUAAUAGAGUACGGGGAGAUGAUAAAAAUCCCCCAAAUGACAGCCUUUUUCUGAGCACUUAAACCUCUUAGAAAAGAGAUGGUGAGUUGCUGAACAUCAGCUAAGGAUGAAUCUGCAUCCAGAGUCUGGGUUCCAGUCAGUUUAAACCUAAAUAUAUUUGGGUAUAUCUCACUUCUGUUUCUCUAAGUAAGCUGAGGCAAUGUGUCUUUCAGUCAGGCCCAUCUAUAUCUUGAUUAAAAGAGUAUUUGAGGAUUGGGACAUUUUCUGACUUAGAUGUGUCUUCUGGCAGAAAUGCCCAUGGUGAAUGAGAAUCAUUGCUUGUCAGCCUGGCCUAUUUAACAGUCUAUUAGGUGCAGCAAAACUUCUGGGCAAGGCUCCAGGAAGGGAAAAUGUUUGUUGUACAUGCAGGUAGGUACUAAAUUGUAAUUUACUGAUUUUCAUCUUCUAUUUCCAUAAUGACAUUCUGGGCUUGAACUAUUUUUCAAAGGAGAAAAGUUAGAAGAAAUUAAAGAAUAACAAUUAUAAAAUGUAUCAACAGGCAGCUUUGGAGACUUGGUCAAGAAGAGACAGAUAGGAAGUCAGGAAAAUUUUAUACAAAACUUCUUUUGCAUGCUCCUUAAGUGCAGAAGGCAGAGCUACUGGUUGGCACGUUUGUUUUUGUGCUUUCCCUGAUUUGUGCCUUAAUGAAAACUAAUCCAAUAUAAAGUGUUGCAGGAAAGUAAAGUCUUACUCCAGCCUCAAAAGAAAGUGUUCAACUGGAGGCAAAGUCAAAAGGAGACAAUAGUAUAUAGGCUAAUGUGAGUGUUGAGGAUGGGACAACGACCUGAUUUUCCCUCAGUCUAGGAGCUGCAGCAACAUUAACAAUGUAAACUCACCCCUUUUCUAAAGCAAUAUAUUGGUGAGGUGUACACCAUUUUGAUAUGACACAGCAGGCUUUCAUGUCUCCCAAAUCCUAAUCAGAAGGGGGAGCAGUAUGUCAGUGGGGGUAGGUGUCUUGUAUUCAAUCCAUUUUAAUUCUCAAGGACAGCACUUCUAUGAAGUUGAGGCUGAGUUCUCUCCUUUGCAGACACAGAUUAUACCUGUUGCCUGCCUUCCCACGCCUAUCCAUAAUUUUUGUGGUGGUCAUAGGUUUUCUGUCAAUUCUGCUAAGGAACUCUACCUCUCAGUUGAACUUCUGUGGGUGUUGCUGAUCUUUCCUCAUCCUUGAGACUAUAUUCUCCAUUUCUUCCUGGAUUGUUGCAAAACAGCCCCAGGAAGCUCAUACCAUCAAGUUCCUCCAGCUUUGUCCUUCUGAAACUAAAAGACACAGUAGCAACUUGUUAAUCACUAUAUGACAAUGAACAAGGAAGCGUGAUAAUGAGCUAGGGAGUCCCUGGAUUUGCUGGGAGGGUGGAUUGCUGGUAAAACUUUCCUCAUAACUCAACUUGGUCAAGGCUUCCCAGGGAACAGAAACGAUCAAAUGAUCAUCUCAAAAAUUAGAGACAUUGAUGCAGGAGUGUCUGCCUUCAAACAAAAAAACCCCAGAAAACAGAAAAACACCCUAACUAGACAAAUAGUGGCAAGAAGCUGUAUCCUUUACCACUGUCUUCUUUUAUCAUCAAAUUACCAUCAUGCAUAGAGUUUCAGGGAUAGUGAAAGACUUGCCUGAGCAGGUGUAGAGCAUGGAGAGAGCCUCUUCCACCCAUGACUGUUUGCAGUUGGAGAAGAUGUAGGUAGUCUCAUUCAUAGCAGCAUCAAACUUUGCUUUUGGACCAAAACUAAACAAUGCUGAUAUCUGAUAAUUUUCCUAAUGGUCCCUUUCUGCUACUCUUCACAAAUGGCCAUCUGCCUUGUGGCCUCAUCACUCUGAAUGGAGCAAAAAUCUAGGAAAACGUGAGAAUUCAAAUAUUAUUAUCUCAUUGAUGGGGUUGUACAAACCUUUAGCCCUUUCUGCAGUUUGCCAUUUCAAUAUGGGGUGUUAUGGAGUCCCAGAUGUCUAAAGAACUCUUUAAGUAUCUCCUAGCCUUUAAAUCACUUGGCUUUGAGUGAGUUGUGUAUGAAAAAAACCUGUACCUACAGAUUUUACUCCUUUCUUAAAAAAUCCACGAUGACGAACAAAACCUGCAACAAAACCGAAAACAUGUCCAGUGAGUGGAUUUAUUGAUGAGAUAAAACAGAGGCUCACAAGUAUUCCAGUUUCAGCAGGUCACUGAAAGUUAAAGACUGUACAAAACCUUUAACCCUGAAUUCAGUGAUGGAAAGCUAGGAAAAUGGAUAGCCUCUGCAGGACUGUCUUACCCACAGCCAAUUUCAUUCAAUUAAUUUUGCUGUUUGAAUGCCCUCACUCUAAUCUACCUGGCACCAAGACAUUAUUUAAUUUUUCUCAUUAGAUCGUUCAUUGCACUCCCCAUGUUAUAAUUAUGUAGUUCCUCUAGACUUUUACAGCUGAAGGAAAUGGCUGUGAUAGUCCAGAGUGUGUUGUGGUUGCUGAGGUGAUCUGAAGCACAGACAGGCUGCAGCUUAGAGCUAGAAUCCACCUAAUGCAGAUAUCAGCAUCAGAGACAGCAGCUCUCUAAAUACACACACGUGCAUACUGCAUAGAUAAAUAUACAUACACAUAUGGGGAAGCAAAACUCUAGGAAGGUGCAUGCAUAACUCUAAAUGCGAAUCCCAACCAGCGCUGCCACGUUUUCAGGCUGUGGGUGAAAUGAAAGAGCUUUUGUCCUGUGUUGUUAUUUAAGUGAGGAUACACAAGUAGGAUGAAGAGCUAGAUUUCUUCCCACUUGCCAGCACUUCAGUUUACGGAUAGCUGUGUCCAAGGGAAAUGCAAAACACAUGCUAAUGAAAUGGCCAAAAGGACUUACUAUCACAGUGAUGUUCUCUUCUGUCACACCAAGUACAUUGCAAGGGUUUUGUUCAAAGCUUCAAAGUGGAAAAACUGCUUCAGUUAGGUGUGAACAUAAAAACAUAGGCAGAAAAAGUCUUUUGCUCUGCCAAUAAAAACUGAGGAAAAUGGGUAAAAUAAGAUGGAAAACUAAAAGUAAGAGAGAAACCAUCUGAAUUCUUAUAGUUUGAGUGUUAAACUGAAAGGAGAAAUGAAAGUCACAAUAACAAUUUAAAGCCUGAAUCUCAUGUUCAGUGGAUUUCUAAUUCUGUAUAUAUCUAUUAAACCAGUGCUAUAUAUCUUCUCAUGGGUUACUUUCUUUUCCUGUUCCUUUUCCUUUAUUUUCCAGUUUGUAUAUUGAUUUUGUAAGCUAGCAGUGUGUUACCUUUUCAAUUUUUUAAAACUUGUAUGAAAGCCAUAUAUCCAUAUUGUAGAAUGAAAGCAUUAAUCCUGUAACAUCCCUUAAUGUUUCCCUUAGCUCUGUGGGAUUGUGGGGGGCUCUAGCGAAUGUAUAUGUUUACCAAUUGUAUCAGCAUAAUUUACUUGCUCUUAGUGGCGAUAAAGAAUUAAAUAAACUAAUACACAGA